AUGUCCGACCAGGAUUUGAGGAACGCAAUUCUCCGGCUCACUGAACUGGUAGCUAGCCAACAAGAGCAGAUUCAACUUCUCAACCGAACCGGUCAAGCCAACCAACCGGGAAGUGAGAAAAUCAUCGAAUCGUUGGCCACGGGAAUCGAAGACUUCUACUACGAUCCUGACGGUGGAGUGUUUUUCGAUGCAUGGUUCGCGCGCUACGAGGAUAUCUUCAAGGUUGACGGCAAGAAUCUGGACGAUCCGGCGAAGGUGAGACUACUCUUGAGGAAGAUCGGCACCAAGUUCCAUGAGCGGUACGUAAACAGUAUCCUGCCAAAGCAUCCCCGCGAUUUCGGCCUGGACGACACGGUGAAGAAACUUAAGAAGCUUUUUGGCCGCCAAACCUCGCUGUUUAACGAUCGCUACCGUUGUCUACAAUAUGUCAAGAACGAAGCAGACGAUUUUUCAAGUUACGCUGCCUCUGUGAACAAGCACUGCGAAGCAUUCCAGCUGACCAAGCUCACCGACGACCAAUUCAAGGCACUACGUUUUGUUUGCGGUCUACAAUCUCCCCGCGAUGCAGACAUCCGAACUCGAUUGAUCGGUAAGUUAGAAGCUGAAGAGCAUGCUCCGCCAGCAGACGGCACGAAGCUCACACUGGAAAAUCUCGUCGAGGAGUGCCAUCGGUUUAACAAUCUGAAGCAGGACACCAAGAUGGUAGAGAAGCCCAUUCCGGAAAAAUCCGUCGUCAACGCCGUUUCUACCAAGCCUGCUAAGAAAAAGCAACCGAAAUCUCCGUGCUGGUUCUGCGGUUACUGCUCAUCCGUGGAAUCAAAACCGAAGUCUGCAAAGAAAUUCGAAAAACCGAAAUCCAAGGAAUAUGUGAAGUCCAAAGGAAUUUCGGUGAAACGCAUCGAUCUCCAAGGGAAGAGGAAAUACGUUACCGUCGGAAUCAAUGGCAAUAAUUCUGUUCUCCAGUUGGAUUGCGUUUCCGAUAUCACGAUCAUUUCUACGCAAACCUGGAAGGCGAUCGGAAAACCAGCCAUCAGCGAAACCGAAAUCACCGCCAUCAGCGCUUCCGGAAAUAAGAUCGACAUGACUGGAGAGUUCCUUGCUGAAUUAACCAUCCAAAGCGUGACGAAAGCAGGCAUUGUCUACGUGUCAUCAAGCUCCGAUUUGGAUGUCCUCGGAAUUGAAACAAUCGACCUAUUCGAUCUGUGGUCAAUUCCAUUCAGCUCGCUGGUUAAUGCUAUCCAUCAUAAACCGGAAGACACUAAGCAAAAGCUGCGUACGAAGUUUCCUGAAGUGUUCCAGAGUACACUAGGCCGGUGCACCAAAGCGAAGGUUAAACUCUACCUGAAGCCCGACGUCCGUCCAGUGUACUGUCCAAAGAGACCAGUUGCAUACGCUGCCCUUCCAAAGGUGGAUGCCGAACUUCAACGUCUUCAAGACAAGGAAAUAAUCUCACCAGUGAAGUUUUCCGACUGGGCAACCUCGAUAGUCGUGGUCCGGAAGUCAGACAACGUUUCCGUCCGUAUCUGCGGCGACUAUUCUACACGGUUGAACAACGCACUAGAAUCAGAUGCCCAUCCGCUUCCGCAUCCAGAUGAUGUUUUUGCUGAUCUGGCUGGCUGCCGGUAUUUCUCCCAACUCGAUCUAUCUGAUGCGUACCUGCAAGUCGAGGUUGAGGAGGAAUCUCAGAAGUAUCUAACGAUCAACACUCAUCGUGGACUGUUCAAAUACAACCGUCUGCCGCCUGGAAUCAAGUCCGCUCCUGGUGCGUUCCAAAGGAUUAUCGAUAGCAUGGACGCUGGUAUUCCUGGAGUGAAACGGUAUCUGCAUGACAUCAUGAUUGCCGGUAGUACAAAGGAAGAACACGAUCGCAGCCUCCAUGAAGUUCUGGAACGGAUCAAGAUGUACGGUUUUCAUCUGAGGAUCGAAAAAUGUCGAUUUGGCCUAUCGCAAAUCAAGUUUCUAGGUCAUAUAAUCGACAAAGGCGGCUUACGACCUGAUCCAGCGAAGACUACCGCAAUUUCGCAGAUGCCAGCUCCAAUGAACGUAUCACAGCUUCGAUCGUAUCUUGGAGCUAUCAAUUUUUAUGGGCGUUUCGUCAAGCAGAUGAAACAAGAACAGACUCCAGUAACAUUCACAGUUGCGUGUUUUCACAGUAUGUCUCUAUAA